AAAAAAAAAAGUCAAAACGUUGACCAACGAAAACAUCGAACUAAGUCUUCCUCCACUACAUCUCUAUAUAAUAACAAAACCAUAGCCCCAUCUUUUAACACACACAACACACACGGAAGAACAAAAUAUGGAGAAACAAAUUUCUCUUACGCUAUGUCUCUUCUUCUUCAUCUUCUCAAUCUCAUCAUCUCUCCAUGAAACCGAAGCUCGUAGACACUCAUACAACAAACCCGCUUCAAUCACGAGGCUAAUCUCAAGAUCCCUCUUCGACUCAAUCUUCAUCCACAAGGAAAACAACGCAUGCCCUGCAAAAGGUUUCUACACCUACGAAGCAUUCGUGGAGGCUACAAGGCGGUUCCCGAGGUUCGCUAGCGUAGGAGCCUUAAGGACAAGGCGGCGCGAAGUGGCUGCGUUUUUGGCUCAGAUAUCUCACGAGACGACCGGUGGUUGGGCCACGGCACCAGACGGCCCGUACGCGUGGGGACUGUGCUUUAAAGAGGAAGUGAGUCCACAGAGUAAUUAUUGCGAUGCUUCUAAUACGGAGUGGCCUUGUUUCCCUGGCAAGUCUUAUAAAGGAAGAGGUCCCAUUCAACUUUCUUGGAAUUAUAAUUACGGUCAGGCGGGUCGAGCACUGGAUUUCGACGGUUUAAGGAACCCAGAAAUGGUUGCCAACAACUCUGUUUUAGCUUUCAAGACAGCUCUUUGGUUUUGGAUGACCGAACAAACUCCCAAACCGUCGUGCCAUGAUGUCAUGAUCGGCCGUUACAGACCGACGAAAGCAGAUUUAGCAGCGAACCGGACUGUUGGUUUCGGUUUAACCACCAACAUCAUAAACGGCGGGUUAGAAUGUGGGAUUCCAGGAGAUGGACGGGUCAGUGACCGGGUCGGGUAUUUCCAAAGAUAUGCUCAGCUGUUUAAAGUCAACACAGGACCUAAUUUAGACUGCGAGAAUCAAAGACCCUUCUCCUAGAAAACCACUUUGCAACUCUCGAAUUGUAAUCUAUAAACUAAAAUCUUUGUAUCAAUCAAACUGAAGUUUAAUCAUACUCAAUAAAACUCUCCUCAAGCUGAGAGUGAGAGAGAUUUAAUGUUUUA